CAUUUUUAUCUUCCCACUUCGCUGUCAUUCAUCCUCACGAUCUUCAGACACCCUUUGAUUUUGUGUCGAGUCUCGGCCUCUUCAACGUUCAACGAUGGAAAUGGAAUCGAUCAAUCAAACGGCAGCCCUGAUUAUUAAUUAAAUAAUUUCGAAAAGUUAGCUUGAUUUAGAAUCCAAUUUCUUGAGUAUAUAUACAUAUAUUCUAUAUACUGCUCCAAUUUUUCUUCACCUUCUCUCCUCUCUCUCUCUCUCUGUGGCUUGCGACAGUGAUCCAUUUUUCUCGAAUUAGCGAGCGAUUACCCCUUCAUUCAUCUGCUGCUCCUUUUCCAAAAAGCAGGAAACUUUGACCCUGUUCUCUCGAAUCAACGGCGACCCAUUUCGCCCUCUUGCCCGAUUGGUACGCCCCCCGCAGCUAGAUCCAAACACGACCGGCGGAAUUCCCUUCUGGGUUUGGGAGGUUUCUUGGUCUCUUGUCGGGGGGAGUCUGUAGCGGGGCGGUGAAAUUCGGAGGGGAAGGAAAGAUGAUGAAGAUGACAAUGGAGGGGAUGAUGGACAAUGGGGUGUUGGACGAUAUAAUAAGGAGGCUGUUGGAAGGGAAAGGAGGGAAGCAAGUUCAGCUCUCUGAGGGUGAGAUCCGUCAGCUCUGCAUCAACGCCCGUCAAAUCUUCCUCUCCCAGCCCAAUCUCCUCGAGGUUCGAGCUCCCGUUCGAAUCUGCGGAGAUGUACACGGACAAUAUCGGGAUCUGCUGAGGCUAUUUGAAUUUGGAGGCUACCCUCCUAACGCGAACUACCUCUUCCUUGGGGACUAUGUAGACCGAGGCAAACAGAGCUUAGAGACAAUUUGUCUACUUCUAGCCUACAAGAUUAGACACCCGGACCAAGUUUUUCUUUUGAGAGGAAACCAUGAGGAUGCGAAAAUAAACCGAAUUUAUGGGUUUUAUGACGAAUGCAAGAGGAGAUUUAAUGUACGUCUAUGGAAGAUGUUCACUGACUGCUUCAAUUGCUUGCCUGUUGCUGCCCUGAUCGACGACAAGAUACUUUGCAUGCACGGUGGGCUCUCUCCGGAGCUGCAGAAUUUGGAUCAGAUCAGAGAGAUUCAGAGGCCCACAGAGAUUCCUGAUUAUGGGUUGCUCUGCGAUCUACUUUGGUCUGAUCCAGACCCAACCAUCGAGGGCUGGGCUGAUAGCGAUCGUGGGGUGUCAUGUACUUUUGGGGCCGAUAAGGUUGCUGAAUUCUUGGACAAAAAUGACCUCGAUCUCAUUUGCAGAGGUCAUCAGGUGGUUGAGGACGGAUACGAGUUCUUUGCAAAGCGGAGGUUGGUCACAAUAUUCUCAGCCCCUAACUAUGGUGGGGAGUUCGAUAACGUGGGUGCUUUAUUAAGUGUUGAUGAGUCCCUAAUGUGUUCCUUCGAGAUACUGAAGCCCAUUGACAAAGCUUCCCCAAGCGGUUCCGGCUCAUCAAAAUUGACUCUUAAGAAGCCUCCGAAGCUAGGGCAGGUCUGAUGAGGAUUUGUGAAGUUUUAGAGUAAAUUCACACGUUCAAUUUAUCGACCAUAGCAAAGAACAGGAUCAUCCUCAAAGAUCUGGGCUUCCCUGGGAGUUGACAACAUCAAAUCUUUCAUGGAGUCGGAACUUUGCGGUAAUCUGUACAUCUAUGAAGCGUGCUAAUUCUGUGGAGGGAACGGAAAUUUUCCCGAUUAUCAGUCACUUCACACUCCCUUCCGUUCCUCUGCGACAUUCUGUGUUUCUGUUUUCUCUGGUGAUCUUUUACUUGAUUUGUGUGUUGGGGUAUAUAUGUAAAUUAGUGUCGAUUACAGCCUCUUCCGAGAUUUCUUUGUAAUCAAAGCGCAUGCAUGUUGAUAUUUUCCCCUUUCUGCUUCCUUCAUAACCAACCAAGACUGACUGAUGUAAGAACAAGACCUCUGCUUCAGAUGAAUAUAACCGGAAUCGGUUUUCUUUC